UCCCUGUCCCUGUCGCUGUCCCUGUCGCUGUCGCUGUCCCUGUCCCUGUCCCUGUCGCUGUCGCUGUCGCUGUCCCCCUGUCGCUGUCGCGGCCAUGUCGCGAUUCUUCACCACCGGCUCCGACUCCGAGUCCGAAUCCUCCGCGUCCGGAGACGAGACCGCGCCCAAAGCGGCCGGAGGGCCCUACAGCAAGCCGCUGCUGCUGAGCGAGGAUGAGGAGGACACGAAACGCGUGGUGAGGAGCGCCCGCGACAAGAGGUACGAGGAGCUCACCAACCUGAUCCGCUCCAUCCGCAACGCCAUGAAGAUCCGCGACGUCAGCCGCUGCCUCGAGGAGUUUGAGCUGCUGGGCCGCGCCUGGGCCAAGGCCAAGGGGGUGGUGGACAGGGAGGGGGUCCCGCGCUUCUACCUGCGCAUCCUGGCCGACCUCGAGGACUACCUCAACGAGCUGUGGGAGGACAAGGAGGGGAAGAAGAAAAUGAACAAAAACAACGCCAAAGCCCUGAGCUCUUUGAGGCAAAAACUGCGGAAAUACAACCGCGACUACGAGGGGCAGAUCGCCGCCUACAGACAGAACCCCGAGCAGUCGGACGAGGACGAGGAGAAAAGCCGCAGGGACUCGGAAGGCUCUGGUUCCUCCUCGGGGGCCGAGGACGACGCCGGGAAUUUCCUGAAGCGCCGCGAGCGCGACGAGCCCCGGAGCCGCUACAAAGAGUCGGAGUCGGAGCCGGAGUCGGAGUCGGACGAGGAUUGGGGCGAUUCCGCUUCGGAGUCGGACUCGGAGUCGGACGAGGACGACGGAAAAUUCACCUCGUUGGCCUCCAAAUUCCUCAAAAAGGACGAGGAGCGUCGCGGGGCGGAGCGGCGGCGCGAGGAAAAGGCCAAGAAGAAACUGGAGCGGAAAAGCCGCCGGGAGGAGGAGGAGGAGGAGGAGGAAGGGGGAGAGUGGGAGAAGGUCAAGGGAGGAGUCCCCCUCAUCAAGGAAAAGCCGAAAAUGUUCGCCAAGGGCACGGAGAUCACGGUGGGGCUGGUGAUGAAAAAACUCAACGAGAUCCUCCAGGCCCGGGGCAAGAAGGGCACCGACAGGGCGGCGCAGAUCGAGCUGCUGCAGCACCUGGUGGCCGUGGCCCACGAGCACCAGCUGGGGGUGCCCCUGGAGCUGAAAAUCAAAUUCAACAUCGUGGCCUCGCUCUACGACUACAACCCCAACCUGGCCGCCUACAUGAAGGCAGAGCUGUGGCAGCGCUGCCUGGGAUGUAUAGAGGAGCUCCUGGAGCUGCUCUUUGCCCACCCCGAGAUCUUCGUGGGCGAAAACGUCCUCGAGGAGUCCGAGAACCUCAGCAACCCCGAGCAGCCGUUCCGGGUGCGCGGCUGCGUCCUGACCCUGGUGGAGCGGAUGGACGAGGAGUUCACCAAGAUCAUGCAGAACACCGACCCCCACUCCCAGGAGUACGUGGAGCACCUGAAGGACGAGGCGCGGGUGUGCGGCAUCAUCGGGCGGCUGCAGCGCUACCUGCAGGCCAAGGGCAGCCCCGAGGAGCUGUGCCGGGUGUACCUGCUGCGCGUCCUCCACACCUACUACAAGUUCGACUACGCCGCCGCCCGCCGCCGCCAGGUGCGGCCCCGCCCGCAGGUGAGCCCCGGCCCGCAGGUGAGCCCCGGCCCGCAGGUGAGCCCCGGCCCGCAGGUGAGCCCUGACCCGCAGGAGAAGGAGAAGGAGGAUGAGGAGAAGGAGAAGCAGGAGGAGGAGGAGGAGGAGGAGGAUUCGGAGGCGUUGAUGGAGAGGUUGUGCAGGUUCGUGUACGCCAAGGACCGCACGGACCGGAUCCGCACCUGCGCCAUCCUGUGCCACAUCUACCACCACGCCCUGCACAGCCGCUGGUACCGCGCCCGCGACCUGAUGCUGAUGUCGCACCUGCAGGACAACAUCCAGCACGCCGACCCACCUGUGCAGAUCCUGUACAACCGCACGAUGGUGCAGCUGGGCAUCUGCGCCUUCCGGCAGGGGCUGAUCAAGGACGCGCACAACGCGCUGCUGGACAUCCAGAGCUCCGGCCGGGCCAAGGAGCUGCUGGGCCAAGGUCUUCUCCUGCGCAGCCUCCAGGAGCGCAACGCCGAGCAGGAGAAGGUGGAGAAGCGCCGCCAGGUGCCCUUCCACAUGCACGUCAACCUGGAGCUCCUCGAGUGCGUCUACCUGGUGGCCGCCAUGCUGCUGGAGAUCCCCUACAUGGCGGCGCACGAGUUCGACGCGCGCCGCCGCAUGAUCAGCAAGCAGUUCCACCACCAGCUGCGCGUGGGCGAGAGGCAGCCGCUGCUGGGUCCCCCCGAGUCGAUGCGGGAGCACGUGGUGGCCGCCUCCAAGGCCAUGAAAACGGGCGACUGGCGGCGCUGCCAUCGCUUCGUGGUCAAUGAGAAGAUGAACGGAAAGGUCUGGGACCUGUUCCCCGAGGCCGACCAGGUGCGCGCCAUGCUGGUCAGGAAGAUCCAGGAGGAAUCUCUCCGCACGUACCUGUUCACCUACAGCAGCGUCUACGACUCCAUCAGCAUGGAGACGCUGGCGGCCAUGUUCGAGCUGGACCUGCCGACGGUGCACGGCAUCAUCAGCAAGAUGAUCAUCAACGAGGAGCUGAUGGCCUCGCUGGACCAGCCCACGGCCACGGUGAUGAUGCACCGGACGGAGCCGACGGCCACGCAGAACCUGGCGCUGCAGCUGGCCGAGAAGUUGGGCAACCUGGUGGAGAACAACGAGCGGGUGCUGGACCAGCGGCAGGGCGCCUACGGGGGGUACUUCAGAGACCAGAAAGAUGGCGGAUACCGCAAAGGUGACGGGUACCUGCGGCGGGGCGGCUUCCGGCAGGAGCGCGGCAACUACUGACCCACACCUGCCCCAUGGAUCCUUACCUGCCCCAUAGAUCCCUUACCUGCCCCAUGGAUCCUCACCUGUUCUACAAAUUCACUCACCUGGGCAAAAAGUCAUCACCUGCCCCAUGGACCCCUCACCUGCCCCAUGGACCCCUCACCUGCCCCAUAGAUCCCUUACCUGCCCCAUGGAUCCUCACCUGCCCCAUAGAUUCCUCACCUGCCCUAUGGAUUCCUCACCUGCCCCAUAGAUCCCUCACCUGCCCCAUGGAUCCCUUACCUGCCCCAUAGAUCCCUCACCUGCCCCAUAGAUCCCUUACCUGCCCCAUAGAUCCCUUACCUGCCCCAUAGAUCCUCACCUGUUCUACAAAUUCACUCACCUGGGCAAAAAGUCAUCACCUGCCCCACGGACCCCUCACCUGCCCCAUAGAUCCCUUACCUGCCCCAUAGAUCCUUCACCUGCCCCAUGGAUUCCCUCACCUGCCCCAUAGAUCCCUCACAUGCCCCAUAGAUCCUCACCUGUUCCAUCAAGGGUCCCACAGCUGGAAAUGAAUAAAUUAAUUAUUAAAGAG